AUGCGUAUAAAACUUUCUAUUUAUAUAGAGACAACAACGCAGACAUGGAAACAACGAGCACAGACACUGGCAAAACCAAUAUGGAAUUCUCUUGUUAAUCUCAAUCUGUUCAAAUCAUCACCUCGACAACAACCAUCGGAUAUCAGACAACAACUGUGGACAACACGAAUCUAUAUUACACUACUCAUUCUUGCUCUUAUCAUUUUAACACUUUAUGGGAUGUUGAGCUUCGAAACAAAAUUGAUACAAGUGAACAAACCUUCAUUUAGUACUGUACAACAAUUACAAUCUAAGUCUCAGAUCAACUUAAUUUCUUCUCUACAAUGCCCAUGUACACAAUUAACGGUAUCUUAUGGUCAAUUUAUUCAAUUUCACCCAUUCUAUCAUCAAAUAUGCUCGAGUGAUUUCAUAUCAGAGCGUUGGAUAGAUGCUUUCGAUGAUAUAACUUCUGACUUCCUGCAACAGAAUGUGUUCGUCUUGGCCUAUGUUGAUUUUUUAUUCUCUCAAACGCUAUUUGUGCUUCUGAAAGGUCUGUGCAGUUUUUCUAACGAAACAAUUGCUAAUGCAUUGCAGACAUUUGAACAAAACCAAUUAGUCGAUACUCAAUUGCUUACAGUGGAUGAAUUUACAAAUCAAAUUUCCUCUGUUAUCAACCAAUUUGAACUGGAAACAAAAAACACCUUUUUACACUUUCUUCAACUUCUGCGUAAUAUUACACAUGUCAACCAAAUUCUAUCUGGCACAGGAAGUAAUUAUAUUAUUGAUAUUGCCAGUCCACCUAACUAUACUACCUCUUUGUCUAUCGCGACUUACUAUGAUGAUAAUUCAUCCGAUAUAUGUUCGUGUGCAAAUGAUUCAAGCUGUAAAAUGAAUUGGGGCUUAUUCACUGGAAAUCCAGCAGUUAUCCAAGUAUAUACUAUACCUGAGUUCUAUUAUGCGUGUCAGCCAGUUGAAUCACUUUUACAAUCAACACUUAAAUGUUUCUACGACGAUCAAGAUUGUUUGAGCAUUAUUAUCAACUUUUAUAAUGUAUCAUCCUUUAACAACUUUACUCGGCUCAAUUCUUCUUCGCAUGCAAGUCGUUUUAUGAGAAAUAGUACAAUUGGUUCUCUACUUUCAGAAAUGUUUAUUGAAUCUUGGUCUGAAUCUACAAACUAUUCAUCCUAUUUUGCCCAAUGUCAACCAUCGUCAUGUUCUUAUACGAUUUCACAACGCAAUAGUUUACUCGAAAUAUUAACAACACUUGUCGGUCUGAUCGGUGGACUAUCUGUCUCUCUGCGCAUUCUUGUCCCAUUUCUAGUCAUGGCAUGUAUUGGAGUUAUUCAGCGCUUGUUUUCACAACGUCAGCGAACACUGACAGAAGCGACUUCUCCUUUGUCACAUGUUGUGAGAGUCGGUACUAAGAUUAGAGAUUGGUUUAAAAAAGUGAAUGUAUUCGAAGAUACAAAUCGUACAAUCACUAUUCAACAACAAUGUGUAGCAACACGUGUCUAUUUACUUCUUCUCGUCAUAUCAUUAUUCAUUGUCGUUCUCUACACUUCGCUGAUCUAUUAUUUGAAUACAUUCACAAUAACAAAACCAUCUCUUGAACAAUAUCAACAGUUACAACAACGCUACGGAUCAGAGGCCGUUAGUUGUCCAUGUUCUCGACCGUCUAUUACGCAUUCAUCAUUUAUUACAUUGCAAUGUGAAUUUCAUCCAGUGUGCACCAGUCCUUUCACCUCUGACUUAUAUUUACAAGAAUUGUUUCAAUUAUACAAUGAUUCGGAUUCGACAUAUGCAACAACAAACGCAUUCACUCUUCAAGGCACUAUUUUUAGUUAUUUUCAAGCUCUUGCUGCCUUGUGUAAUUUGGUAAAUGAUUUUGUCAACGAUGCUAAACAACAAUAUCUUGUUGCCUCCAUCAUCUCCACCCUCAUGAUUGACUUUGAUCUAUUCGAGAAAGACACAAAUGCGUCACUCAUUGAAUUUCAAUCAACACUACCGAAUUCAUUUUUAAAUUCGCUUCAAAUAAUACGUGGUCUAACGCAAGGUAAUGGAUUCGUCUCCGCGUAUUCAACAAACUGGUAUUAUGUUACCAAGAAUAUUAAUGAAGGGUCUAUGUUGUAUCUCAAACCACAAUAUUAUGGCAGUGACAUGUGUAAUUGUGCUACAUCGUCAACAUGUACUCAAUCGUCGACACCUUACAUUAAAGGUUAUCUUGUUGGUUGUACUCCACUUGAAUCACUCCUUCAAAGUACACUCGAAUGUCUCUAUGAAGAGUCUUGCAUUGAUCUACUCACUACCUAUUUGAAUAUGUCUUUAUCCAACUAUCUUGUACCGUUGAACAAAAGCGAAACUCGUUUUUCUUCAAAUGGUACCGUUAACUCUAUUGUUCAAGAAAUGUUUGUCGAAACGUGUUCAUCAAAUGUCUCAUAUAAUCAAUUUUUCGAAGAAUGUAAACCCGAUUAUUGUUCAGUGACAAUACUCGAACCAGUUGUAUCCUGUACAAAUUUGACCUUCGCAGCAACAGCUUCGUAUCCAGUUGGAGCCAAACCUCAGGCGACUGCUAUUGGUGAUUUCAAUGGUGAUGGAAUACUAGAUCUUGUCAUUGUCAACAAUGAUGAUAACACUGUGAGCGUGCUCCUUGGAGUCGGGAGUGGGCUGUUCGGAUCACAAACAACAUUUCCAACUGGUCUCAUACCAGUAUCGGCCGCUGUCGGUGAUUUUAAUGGUGAUGGACGGCUAGAUCUUGCCGUUGUCAACUAUGGUGAUAACACCAUGAGUGUGUUACUUGGAACUGGUAGUGGAAGUUUUGGACCACAAAUAAUUUAUUCAACUGGUUUUUACCCGUGCUGGAUCGUUGUCAGAGACUUGAAUGGUGAUGGCCGAUUAGAUCUUGUUGUUGCUAACAGCUAUUCAAGCAAUGUGGGUGUAUUUAUUGGGAUUGGUAAUGGGUUUUUUGGGCCACAAACAACAUACUCUACCAUCGCCAUGCCGAUCUCCAUUGCUAUCAACGAUUUCAAUGGUGAUGCUUAUCUAGAUCUCGUCGUUAUCUCCUCGUAUUGGCCCACCAUUAGUGUGCUACUUGGGACCGGUACUGGGACUUUCCAAUUACAAACAACGUUUUCAACUAAUUCUGGAUCGUACGUGAUCGCUACCGGUGAUUUUAACAGCGAUGACCAAGUAGAUAUUGUCGUCGGUAACGGCUACCCCUGGCUGCCCAAUUUAGGUGUACUUCUUGGCAACGGUGAUGGGUCCUUUGGACUAUCAACUACGUUUUCUGUAGGCUUUGAUUCAGUGCUCGAUGGAGCCGCUAUUGGUGAUCUCAAUGGUGAUGGUCGAUUAGAUCUUGUCGUCUCCAGUUCUUACACCUUGGCAGACAAUAUUCGUGUGCUCCUUGGAACCGGUAAUGGGUCUUUUGUAUUACAAACCCCACUUGCAACUGAAUCUAAUUCUGCACCGUAUGGAAUCGCUAUCAGUGAUUUAAAUAACGAUGGUCGACUAGAUCUUGCUUUUUGCGAUUCGACCGCAGAGAACGUUUUGAGCAUUUUUCUCAAUACAUGUACAUGA